GUUCCGGUCUUCUUGCUUUGUAGGUAUGUUGCUGAGCAGGUCAAUUCGAGCCUGCCAGUUACGCGAUAGCUACAUUGAAAUCUCGAAAUAUGUCCGCUUCCAGCUUCGGCAGCGACAGCUGGGCUCCGCAAACGCUAUCAAAGCCUCUACUCUUUCUGUACGACGUUCAAGCACAACUUCCACGCAGGACUACGAGCGUCAGUUCGAUAAGAGCUCCGGUCAUUUGACGCAAGAUGUCGGAGCCAACGCGUCAAGUGGAAAGUCUGGAGUAGCAGGGAAAGAUUAUGCCUGUUUGAGGCGAUUCCAGGGCAGCUGUCUUUCCAAACAUGAUAUGACUACCUGGGACAGCCUGGCCAGGACAGAGAUACGUUCACAUUCCUCAAACACCACCAACGAACCGAAUCUUGUCAGAAUAUGCGGUUACAUUACCUCACAGAGAUCGGCCGGAAAGUUCGAGUUCUUCCAACUGGUAGAUCCGCAUCUGGAGCUGGCAGUUCAGGUGAUCUGCUCUAAACAGAAGCUAGAACAGAAUGCACAAUUCGGAGCAGAUCACGGGUGUGAAGGCACGCUGCAAGAGCAUUUCAAUCUUGCGAAAGAUAUUAGAGGUCACACUCCAGUCCAAGUGAUCGGGUCUGUGGUACACCGGGCAGCGCCUCCCAAGAAGGGCGGCCAAAGAAGCGAUAGUCAACAACUAGACGGCCAGAACGGAAACACCUUGCAAAAGCUCGACCCUUUUGUUGGGCAGAUCAAGAUCUUCUCACACAUCGAGAUACAGGCCGAUUCCAUUAUACCCCUAAACACAUUCCCUACAGAUCUUGUUGCCAAAUGUGAUACCGUGUUCCCACCCGAACUACGCCAUCUCCAGUUCAGGACAGACAAUGAACUUCGCAGUCGCAUACGUCUGCGUAGCAAGAUUGCUGCCAAAGUUCGAGAAGGCAUGUUGAACAAGGAUUUUGAUGAGAUUGAGACUCCACUGUUAUUUAAAUCAACGCCAGAAGGAGCUCGAGAAUUUAUUGUUCCGACAAGAAAGAAGGGCAUGGCCUACGCGCUUCCACAAAGCCCGCAGCAAUAUAAGCAAGUGCUCAUGGCUUCGGGCAUUGCAAGGUACUUCCAAUUUGCCAAAUGCUUUCGCGAUGAGGAUCUGCGAGCCGACAGACAGCCGGAGUUUACGCAGCUAGAUUUGGAGAUGUCGUUCGUCGGCGCUGAGCAGGUGAUGUCGGUUGUGGAAGAUAUUGUUCGCAACUUCGUCUGGCCGAACGUACCCAACAUUUCGCCCUUAAACCCCGCCUUCAUCGCAGAUGAGUCCUCUACGGAUCAGUCAGAUAUGUCGGCACCGGCUGUUUCACAGUUCCCGCGGCUUUCCUACAACAGGGUCAUGGCUAGCUACGGGUCGGACAAGCCCGAUACUCGCCUCGGCUCUGAAAUUCACCGCAUUGAAAGGUGGCUUCCGUCAAAUGUGAAGGGCAUGUUGACAUCCUUGGACGGCCCGAUUGUUGAGAUGAUAAAGAUUGAUAUGCAUGGGACUGAUCCUUCCACGAGCAGUCAAUUUAUUAGAUCUUUCCUUGACGCACCAACCUCAACUAUUUACACAGAAAACCCGGCCGGCAUGCCAGGUGUUUCCGUUUAUGAGGCUGGAAAGCCCUUGAGAGGCCUUGCUAGUUUCGGUCAUGAGGCAGCCUACAAAGUUGAGGAAGACUUCGAGCCUGAGCCAGGAGAUAUUUUCAUUGUUCAGACCCGUGCCAAUGCGCCUUUCACAGGCGGGUCGACCAUAUUGGGCAACCUUCGUCGAGAUGUCUUGCACAGCGCGAUUUCACAGGGUCUCAUUCCCGCGCCUUCUGGGUUUGCCGCACUUUGGGUAACCGACUUUCCCCUAUUCUCCCCAGUAGAGGAAUCUGAGCCAGGUCAAGGCGGAAUGGCGGGAAUCUGCUCGACUCAUCACCCAUUUACAGCUCCGAAGCAAGGGCAGGAUCUGUCGCUGUUGAUGACAGACCCCCUCAAGGUCGUUGGCGACCACUACGACCUGGUAAUAAAUGGAGUGGAAGUUGGGGGAGGAUCUCGACGUAUUCAUAUCGCCGAGAUGCAGGAGCUAGUUCUGAGGGGUGUUCUGAAAUUGGCGCCUGAGCGACUCGAGGAUUUCAGACAUCUGCUCAAUGCUCUCAAAUGUGGAUGUCCGCCACAUGCAGGGUUCGCCCUUGGUUUCGACCGUUUGAUGGCGAUGUUGACUGACAGGGCAAGCGUUCGAGACGUCAUUGCAUUUCCAAAAUACGCAGACGGUGAAGACAAAUUUGUCAAGUCACCGUCACUCAUGUCAGCGGACCAAUUGGCGACAUAUCACCUUGCUAUAACAGACGAGGAAGUGGCCAAACCUCCUCCGCCUGUCUCGAGAAGAGCAUAGGUCUGCGAGUUUUGUAAGGCCAUUGACCAGUGUAAAC